AGCAGACUGUUGCCAUCAGCAUCUAGGCUCGUUCUGUCUCCGUAACCUGCCUGGGCGCAGCGCAGGCCCCUUAGCGUGUCCUCAUGCCUCCUCCUGCUCCCCUUCCAAAGUUGAAAUCGUGUAAGUUUCAGUUCCAGAUGUCGAUCUUUUUUUACCAUAUACAUAUCCACAUUUAUUUAGCUAUAGCCAUAAGUCUCACCAGUUUUUUUUUUAAGAGCAGUUUAUUUUUUUCAAGCAGUUUUAGGCUUACAGUAAAAUGGAGAUUUCCCACAUACCCCCGGCCCCCACACAUGCACGGCCUCCCCCAUUAUCACCAUCACUGACGGGAAUGGUGCAUUUGUCACCAAGGAUGAACCUCCGUGGACACCUCAUUGUCACCCAGAGUCCGUAGUUGACUUGAGGGCUCACUCUUGGUGUACAUCCUGUGGGUUUGGACAAAUGGGUGGUGACGUGUUUCCACCAUUAUAGUGUCAUACGGGGUAUUUCACUGCCUUGAAAAUCCUUGCCUGUUCCUCUCCCUCCCACCUCAGCGACCACUGAUCUUUUUACUGUCUCCCUAGUUCUGCCUCUUCCAGAGCGUCACCGAGUUGGAAUCACACAGGCCACUGUCUUCUCAGAUGGCUUCUUUCACUGAGGAACACGCACUUAAGGCUCCUCCACGUCUGUUCAUGGCUCCAGAGCCCUUUCUCUCCAGCGCUGAGUACUGCCCCGUUGUCGGGAGGCACCACAGUUUACUUAUGCGCUCCCCUGCCGCAGGACGUCUCCGUGGCUUCCACGUUGCGGCAACUGUGACUGCGCCGUGUUUUGGACCCCGUGUUUCCCGCAUCUGCACUUCCCUCCUCUAGCAUUGGCAGACUUGGGGCUGGGCCGUCAGUCCACAUGAGAAUUCCUGUUCUCUCUGCAGGAGCGGCUCCUGGGCUUGUAGGGCAGAGGUGCCGCUCACACCCCGGCUGUGGGGCUCUGCAUGCUUCCUGGCGGUUAACGUUGCAGGGUGCUGCCCACCCCCCUCCCUCCAGGCAGGGGCUCCAGGCCUCCCUCAGAGGAGGCUCUGAGCACUACUCUGCCUUCGGAGCUCCUUCCCUGUCUUACGAAGCAUGUUGGCAGCCUCGGAGGACUUCAGAACCUCCUCUGUUUUGUCUUUCUCCGCCCAGCUCCCCUGAGGAGGAAGCAGGACCCCCCUCCAGGCUCCUCAGGCAGCCAGAAGAGGAGCCAGGGCGCCUUCCCCCUUCCCAGACCUCACUUGGGAGGUUCGUGCCUCAGUUUGCAAAGCCCAGGAAGACGGUUACACGACAAGCCGCCCGGAGGGCAGAGGACCUCGGGAGUGGGGCCUGUGGCUCGGAAGCACCGCCAGAGCCCAGUGCCCAGCAGGCAGAAAGCCAGCCUUGGGAGGAGUCCCUGGGGCAUGCUCUCCGGGAAGCCAGGGGGCCGGGAGACCAGACCCAGGCGGACGGCGCCCCCCCUGGGCACAGCAGCCAAAACCCCGUGAUGCCAGUGCCCAGCAGUGGGCAUCCUCAGCCCUCGGCCUCCACUGAUGCCGCUCCAGAAUGGGGAACAGUGCCCGUGGCCUCAGAGAGGGCCAGCCAGGGCCACCUGUCGGAGCAAGGGACCAGCACACCAGAUGGUGGAAGCACGGAGGGGGCUUGGUUUCCAGGCGACUGUGGCCAGGAAGGGCACCUGCCGAGCAGUGACGCUGAAGAGAAGGAGCCAGACCCAGGAGCCCCCCGGGAGGGAGGUGCCCAAAGGGGAGCAGGGGCUGACCUGCCUGAGGGGCAGCAGGAGGGAGGAGACGGCAUCCUGGGCCCGGCCACUCGGGGCCUCCCUGACCCCGUGCGGGCACCCAGUGGGACUGGCGGGGGAGCAGAGCAGAGCUGUAGCAGCCCAAGGCCCUCCUGCCUUGCGACCGUUGUCAUCACAGCCGUGAGCACGGACCCCGCCGAGCCAGAACAGAGGGCUCCAGAGGUGGCGGGGCCAGAUGGGGAGGCUGCCGUGGGGCCACCUGCCUCUGCCAGCGGGAAGGCCCCUGAAGGAUGCCACAGUGGGGCCCUGCUCGGAAGCGUGUCUCUCACCAGGGAGACCACAGGAGGUAGAGGGGAGGCAGGGCAGGAAGACAGGCCCCCUGGUGACAUCCCAGAGGGCCCUGCAGCCGCCCUGGCUCUGGCUCAUGGGGUCCGAGAGGCCACAGUAAGUGCUGGAGAGGCCAGUUCUCUAGCCUCGGAAGUGGGCCUGGGCGUUGAUCAGACACGGGGGCCGGGCGCGGAUCAAGAGGGGCCAGGAGGUGUGUGUGCCCGGCCUCUGCUGUCCCAGCCCACGGGUGAAGAGGCAGCCGAGUCAGGCAGCCAGAGCCGAGAGCAAGACCUGGGGGCGCUCCGUCUGCCCCUGGGAGCCUCCACUCCGCCAGCGCACAGAGGAGCAGUGGACGGCCCGACUUGGGAGGCGGGGGCCGGCCAGGGCUGCCCAGACGUCCCUUCAGGCUCCGCAGGCCAGCCUGAGCAGCCUCCCAGCUCUGCAGAGCGGGCCGUCUGGGGAGGGUCCCCGGCCAUGGACCUCGACUUCCUGCCCGACAGCCAGAUACAGGCCGCCCUGGAAGGCCCCGACUUUGAAGCCCCCCCUGAGCAGGUGUUUCCUGCAGGGAGUGGGGCGGGCCUCUGCUGGCCUGGCACCGGCACAUGCGCUGACGGAGGCCCCCUGGCUGAGGCCCAGCCGAGGACCCUCGCGGGGAUCAAGGCCUGUGAAGCUGCCAGGAUGGAGGACGCAACGGACACCGUGCGAGGCCUCAUCCUCGAGCUCUCCAACCUGAACCGGCUGAUCAUGAGCACCCACCGGGGCCUGGAAGCCUUCAAGCGCCUCACCUCGAGGAGGGCGAAGCCAGCAGGGAGAGGCCCCGCACCCUGCACGUCAAAGGGGGCUGCCAGCCUCCCUCGUGGGGAGCACCCCUGGAGGGAUCUGUAGGACUCUGCCUCCAAGCCAGCGGUGUGUGUGCGUACCACUUGCCGCUCGCCUGUCCUGCCAAACAGCUGGAAACAGUCUCUCAGCAGACCCCACAAAGCCCACAGGCCCGUGUGCCCUCUGGUAUUUUGUUACCCUCCAAGAUGCUCCAGCGGGUCCUAGUGGGCCCCAGAAACCGCCCCUCAGCCGGCCCGGAAGUCGGCUUCCCUGGGAAGCACGGGAGCAGCUGGGGAUGCUGAGGGAACCUGCUCCUCCUGGGCCCCCGAGGCCGUGGGAGGCGGGAGGCAGCAGCUGGGGCCCCCGGAAGCCGGCUGCUUCUGAACAGGACUGGAGCUGCCCAGAUGUUUAUCUGGGUUUGCAAAUUUCGGUUCCUUCGCUGAGGCUGAGGUUACGGAAGGUUCAGAAUUUGUUUUUUUCCUGGUGGAGAAAAGGGCCCCCUUUGUUGCCUGUGCCUUGUGUCUCCCCGGAUUUCCAUUUCAUUUCUUCCGGGAGGACCAUUAAUAAACACACCCUAGCUUGA